GGAGUCGGUGUAGUCGGCGGCGGCGCUAACGACCUGCAGUGGUGUUUCUCCCAGGUGAAAGGUGCCGUGGACGAGGAUGUGGCUGAAGCCCAACUGAAGUCCUAGAACUCCUCUUCCCUGAAGAGUACCCAUGCUCAGAUGCCCUCAAAUACUUCCUGAGUGGUCCUGAAGUCUUAACAAUUCGGAAGAAGAAACUGACAGACAUUCAAAGAAUAAAAUUGACACAUUUUCAUGAAAAGCAGUUACUUGCAUCUUAAGCAAGUUUUGUAAAUGGCAUCUGGAAAAUCUAUAGCAAAAGGAAAUCUUGUAAAAGACGAGGGUGCUCAGCCAUUUGGAUUGUGGAAGUGUCAAAUGAGGAAAUUAAAGCUGCAUUUGCAUACUGCAGAAGAUGAAAUGCUUUCCUUGCAAUUUCUCUCAGGUGUUUAAGACUUCUACCUCUGGUACUAAUUCACUGAUGUCAACAUCAUCUUUUGAUCAAGCGGAUAUCAUUUCAACUGUUGAAUUCAACUACUCUGGAGACUUGUUAGCGACUGGGGAUAAAGGUGGCAGAGUUGUUAUCUUUCAACGGGAGCAAGAGAGUAAAAACAGACCUCAUCACAAAGGCGAAUAUAAUGUUUACAGUACCUUUCAGAGUCAUGAACCGGAGUUUGAUUAUUUGAAAAGUCUAGAAAUUGAGGAAAAAAUAAACAAAAUCAGGUGGUUACCCCAACAAAACGCUGCUCAUUUCUUAUUAUCUACAAAUGAUAAAACUAUUAAAUUAUGGAAGAUCAGUGAAAGGGACAAACGAGCAGAAGGCUAUAACUUGAAGGAAGAAGACGGAAGAUAUAGGAAUCCUGUCAGAAUAACCACAUUACGGGUGCCAGUAUUGAAACCUAUGGAUUUGAUGGUAGAAGCAAGCCCUCGAAGAAUAUUUGCAAAUGCACACACAUAUCACAUUAACUCCAUUUCAGUAAAUAGUGACAAUGAAACCUAUCUUUCAGCAGAUGAUCUUAGAAUUAACCUGUGGCACUUAGAAAUCACAGAUAGGAGUUUUAACAUUGUAGAUAUUAAACCUGCUAAUAUGGAAGAGCUGACAGAAGUUAUUACAGCAGCAGAAUGUCAUCCACAUCAAUGCAAUGUAUUUGCUUAUAGUAGUAGUAAGGGAACUAUACGACUAUGUGAUAUGCGUGCUGGCGCUCUGUGUGACAAACAUUCAAAAUUUUUUGAAGAACCAGAAGAUCCAAGCAGCCGAUCAUUUUUUUCCGAAAUCAUCUCCUCAAUUUCAGAUGUGAAGUUCAGCCAUAAUGGUCGAUACAUGAUGACACGAGAUUAUUUGUCUGUCAAGGUGUGGGAUGUUAAUAUGGAAACACGACCACUAGAAACUUACCAGGUGCAUGAGUACCUACGGAGCAAACUCUGUUCCCUGUAUGAGAAUGAUUGCAUUUUUGACAAGUUUGAGUGCUGCUGGAAUGGUUCAGACAGUGCCAUCAUGACUGGUUCAUACAACAAUUUCUUCCGGAUGUUUGAUAGAAAUACCAAACGGGACAUCACACUUGAAGCAUCCAGGGAAAGCAGUAAGCCGCGUGCCAUCUUGAAGCCACGCAAGGUUUGUACAGGUGGUAAAAGGAGAAAAGAUGAAAUUAGUGUCGAUAGUCUGGACUUCAACAAGAAGAUUCUGCAUACAGCUUGGCAUCCUAAAGAGAACAUCAUAGCUGUUGCUGCAACUAACAACUUGUAUAUAUUCCAGGACAAAGUAAAUUAAAAUUAGCCUAGUUUAGGACAAGACAGGUUUUGCACAGGUAAACCUAGUAAUCUUUCUUUGAAGAUAAUGAUAUUGUUCUCCAAAAUUAGUACGUCUACAAGGGAAGAUUUGACAUGUUCAUUUGUGCUGAUGAUGCACUUUUGCCUUCAGUCAAGACAUUACUUUCCAUGGCCUAGAUUCCCUAAACAUGAGAAACCCACCAGAAGGAGACUUGGGUGGACAGUGCUGGUCACAUAUGGCUUUCUCUUCAAUUUCCUUAAUCAAGUCUGAGCUUUGCAUUAUGAAAAAAAGACCAGAAGUGAAACACAAAGCACAGAGUUGAAUGCAUUAUGAGGUUUGUCCUUGCUGUGUAAUUUUUGGCCUUCCUGAACAUGAGCUGUGCUUCAAUUUGCCUGUAAACAUUCCUCCUCUGUCUUUUUGAUUCAAGUGUAUUAAGUUUGAAUACUUCAGUGGGCUUUGAGCAGAGUCAGAGGCCAUUUUUUUUCUUGUUUAAUAACAUAUACUCACACUGUAUCUAUAACCACUUCCUGGUGUAAAAAAAAAUCAUGAAAAAAUGUUUUUAAAUCUGAAGGUAUGUACUGUGGCUUUGUGAUACAAUUUGCAAUGUGUACUGAGAAAGCUAACUUUAAAUAAUUUGAGUUUAACAUGAAGUGGUGCACGAUGCACUUUUUCUGCACAGCAGAAUAAGUGAUGUUAUUGCAUGGCAGAAAUUCAAUUUGCAACAUUUCACAAACGUGAGCUGAAAACUGAUCUCCAUUAUUAUGAAAAUAAAUUAUAUUUUUAUAGUCAUUUUUUUCAGUUUAUCAAGAUAACCAAUUUAAAUGGAAGUGGAGUGGAUAAUGGGUUGUCUUACACUUCCUGCAAGUGACUAUCUGAAGAGCGCUUCUCCAAACUGUGACAUUACUGAAAAUCAGCAGUGAUCGUAUAUCUCAUAAUACAUUUCAGAUUAUUCAUUACUGCAUAGUGAUAAUGUCCUAUCUGACUGUUCUCUUCAGAUCAAAGAAUAUGUACCUAAUAUCUCCAAUGUUACAUCCACAAUAGAAGAGCAAUGGAAAGUUGUACUGUACACUCUGAUGCUACAUUUAUGAGCUAUAGAGAAACCAAAUUAAUGUUUCCAGUCAAUGAACUUUCCUCCAUUCUGAUGUAAGAUGGUUGAUCUGAAAUAUUAAAUACAGAUGCUGCUUGACCUGCUGAAUACUUACAGCAUUUCUUGUUUUAAAUUCUAAUUCCAGCAUCCCCUGCACUAAUUUAUCUUUUGAUCACACCUUGUUUAUUCCUCUGUUUUUCUGCCUCUGCAUCUCAUACAAAAUUUAAGAAUCAAUCUUGGUUUAAAAAAAAUGGAACAGCUCUUAUAUUCGUGCAUCACUUCAGUUUGGUUUUAUUUCUACUCCAACCCCCAGUUGUGUAAAUACAGCUGGAUGUGAAUUCACUUAAUUUUAUGCAAUAACAUUAACUUGAGUGGGCAUUCAUUCAAGUGAGCAUGCUUUUCAUUUCCCACAAUAGUUUUGGUUCGUUUCUUUCCAUCAUGUUUUUAGUUUCAGAACAGCUAGCCUGUUACUUCCCCUCUUCACUCUGCAAGUUUGAUUUUCUUUCUUUAUUCCCCCAUGCUCAAGGUUUUCUGUCAGAAACUGUUUAAACUUUAAUAGAGAAAGUACUUGUGAUAUACAAUUUCUUGUUUUAAUUUAUUUCAGCUUUGUUGAAGUAGCUUUUGAAACUACAUUUUACUAUAGUUUCUGUCAAAAUAUUAUUCAAUAUCAUGUACAACAUUUUCAUUUAAUCCCAAAUAACUAGCUAGCAGUAUAUUUAGGCAUUUCAAAGGUUAUAAUGCAAGAAUAUAAGGGUGUUAAUGAUAAACUACUCUGACAAGUUUUGAAACCAAGAAAAUUGAAAGCAAUAAUUUCAAAGGAUCCUGUGUCCAUUUGCAUGAAGUGUACAGACAACUGUAUGAAUCAAUGUUGCAAUGAAUUUACUGUCCAUGGAUGGGUAUUCUUAAUACUUCAUUACAACUUAUGUGUUCUAACUUAUUGAAUGUUGAAAUGCUUUGAAAAUAUACGUAGGAACAUUGUAUUACUAAUGUAAAAGAGUUAUAAUGCCAUAUUCAAUUUAAAAUGCGCUUCAUUUUAGCACUUGAGCAUUAAGUUUGACCUGGUGCCAAAACAAGUUCAAAUGUGCUAAAGCAGUAAUUUGCAUGUGCCUUUUAUUGUUUUUCUUUAUUUUUAUACAUAGAAUUAUUUAAUACAUUCUAAUUGUUUGUAUAAAAUCUGUUUAAAUUUAAAGGUGUACAUGGAUCCUUUUUAAAAAUGUAUGGCACAAGAUUUGUGAGAGUAAUUAGUUUUGUAGUUUCAAAGUUGUCAAGGUGGAAUUAAAAUUGGCAAAAUUA